AUUUCCUUGUCUGACAUAUGCGAAGCAAAGGGAAGAACCGAUUGAUCGUGCGGAGAUACAAACUGAAUAAAUAUAAUCACCUUUCUGACGGAGAAAACACGCCAUUCCUUUGAAUUAUAAAUGAUAUACAUGCACAAUAUCACCCGGGUACCUUAAUGCUACAUUUCGCAGCCGUGUUGCAUCUGUGUUUGUUUAGCUAGCUGUUAUCACGUCGCUAUCUGACUGCAGCCCCCUGCUCUCCAAACACACCGCCUUUGUGGCUAUGAGUACGGAUUUACUAUCUGAUUUGGACAGUCGUUUCUUCGCCGAUAACCUCCUGACAAGCGAAGACUGGGAUGCCUGCCUGUACCAGUGUGAGAGCAUGGAGGAGGGAGAGGACGCAGACGUCAGCCGAGGGUUGAAAUACGAACCAUCGUUUGACAAUGACCUCGUGCUCACCCUCGAUCCUGACAACCCCACGUCGCCAUGGCAACACCUUGAUGACAACCGUCUCACAGGGGAAACUCCUGUGAUCAAAAAUGAAAUGACCAUCACUCAGCCGUUACCAGUGGAAAUGUUGUUCCAGGUGAAAGCAGAGCCUCCCUCUCCUGCAUCCUCACUCAGUUCUGAUUGCUCUGCAUCAUCCCCAGACCCACAGAUCACAGUUAAAGGUGAAAACCCUCCGACUCCUCCGUACAUGUACGGAGACGUGCUGUCUCCUCCGCUGGGGUCCUUGGAGGUCACCGUGGCAACGUCAGCUGUACCCCCACCACAGACGCAGCUACACACGGCGUUACCAACACAUAUCCCAGCAGUCAUCAGUGGAAUACAGACGCAGGCUGCAGGUUCGGCCACAUUAAAGGCCAGCUCCAUCCUGAGCACCAAACCUCCCAUCCAGCCCAGACCAGUGUGUGUCACCACCCUCCCUGUCCCCCAGACCCUCACUCCGCCAAAGACCCUCAUACUGCAAGGCCUCCCCUCCAUGGACCAGAACAGACCUGUCGUCUUGUCUCAGUCGGUCUGCCUUGGUUCAGCUCCGGCCAUUGUCAAAAUGGAGCCCGUCUCUCCCAGCAUCCCCCAGCACUGCUCCAGCCCCACAGCUCCGCCCGCCAGCAAACCCAUCGUCCCGGUGACGACAACGUUACCUGGCAACAACUCCAACGACAUCGAUAUGAAGGUGCUGAAGCGGCAGCAGAGGAUGAUAAAGAACCGGGAGUCGGCCUGCCAGUCGAGGAAGAAGAAAAAGGAGUACCUGCAGAACCUGGAGGGUCAGCUCAGGGAGGCCCAGCAGGAGAACGAACGUCUCCGCAGAGAAAACCAGGCGCUGAGGGAGAGACUGGCGGGGAAAGAGGGCAGUGACUCUGCGAGCAACAAGAGAGCCGUGUGUGUCAUGGCCGUCCUGCUGUUCAUGACCUUCAGCUUCGGACCCGUCAGCAUCACAGACAGGAAGCUGUCGGGCCUACAGGACGGCGUGGUGUCGUAUACGGGACGACGACUGCUGGAGAUCGAACAGCAACAACAACAACAUCGGCAGCAGCAGGCGGCGGCUCAGCCUCUGAGUCCAGAUGAGGACAAAACAGAGAUGGAGGAGGACGGAGGAGACGAGGUUGCAGAGUCGUAUCAGUUCAGGAACCUGAGUGACGUGUUCAGUGACAUGAAGGAUCUGGUGCUGCAGGACAUCGAUCGUUACUUCAGCUCCUCAGACUGCAGACAGUUCAACCGCUCAGAGUCUCUCAGGCUGGCAGAUGAGCUGAGAGGUUGGGUCCACCGACAUCAGAUCGACAGGAAGAAGUCUGGAGGAAAACCAAAAAUCGCCAAGAAGGCCAAGAUCGCACAGAAAGCUCAGCUGAGAAAGACUAACUUCUCCAGAUAUCUGCCGAUCCAGGCUCACCGCUCCAUAGAGAGUCAGCUGCAGGUGCUUCCUGGUCCUGAGGUCACCUACAGCGACUUCCUGGACGCCAUCGACCGCCGAGAGGACACUUUCUACGUCGUCUCUUUCAGACGGGAUCACCUGUUGUUACCGGCCAUCAGCCACAAUAAAACCAGCCGACCCAAAAUGUCUCUGGUGAUGCCGGCCAUGUCUGUGAACGAGAGUCUGUAUAACUCCUCUCAGGGCUACGAGAUGAUGAUGCAGGUCGACUGUGAGGUCAUGGACACCCGCAUCGUCCCCAUCAAGUCCUCAGCCGUCCCGCCGUCUCUCCGCGACCCGCCUCGGCCUCCGCCCUCUUCCUCCCACCACAAUCACCAUCACCAUGGCAACCACACCUCACUGAGAGGGCGCCACCACCAUCACCCCUCCUCCUCAUCAUCUCCAAGGCAACCUUUACCCGCCCGCCGACAGACGGCGGAAUAUUUGAUCAGCCAAUCAGAAGGGGUCUGAUGAGAAGAAAAUGAGAAGAAGGCGGCGAUGGAAAACAGAGAGAUUAAUUAACAAUUAAACAUUCAAGCCUUCAGACGGACAUCUUUUAAAAUGACUUCAUCAUCCCUCCGACAGGUAACACAAUUCUCUUCUCUCUGGCAAAGUUUCAUGCAGUUUUCUGGAAACCGAAAAUUCAAGGAAACCUCCAUAAAAAAUGAUUUUAAUCAGUAAUUCAAGGUGUUAUUGUUUAAAAGCCGUUAACAGAGCCGUUAGUGUCCCAAACACAACCUCCUCGUUCAGAUUUUGGCAUUGAAAACGUAAAUAAAAGCCUAUAGAAGAUAAUGUCUUAAUAUAUAAGAGUAUAUUCCUAAAGGUUGGAGGCAGACCCAGCAGCAAACCGCACUUUUAAUAUGUAAUUGAGAAAGUGUACAGUUUGUGUGAAGCGUGGAGGACGGGAAGCUGUCCGGGUGCUUUCUGUGGCGCUGAAGUGAUUUUAAGUCCAAACCUUUAACAAACUGUCACUGGCCGUCUCGGCCGACAGGUGGCGCUGCAGAGCUGCACAGUUACACGUUAAAAAGAAAACUACAUAUUUGUGAUGAUAAAUAUUUUUCUGCAUUUCAACAAAUCAUCUGUUCUAGUUCAUUCAGAGUUCAGCAAUAAAGCAGUUUAUUCACAAUGGAAGCUAAAGUUGUAACUGUGUAGCUCCAGCAGGACGAACUGUUUCCCCUCGACACUGAUGGUCCGGCUCUCUGCAGCGUUCUGUGGACUUGUUUGUGUUGUUGUGACUUCAUGCAGCAGGAAACGUGUCGUCUGGAGGCUCCAUGAAGCUGACGGCUGCCGCAUGAAGCUGGAUCUUAAUGACAGCGGGAGAAAAUGUAUCUACAAGAGGGAUAUAAUACAGUCGAACUAACGUUACACAAUAUAUCAGUAUCCGUCUAUAUUAUUUAAUAUUGUGAUUAACACAUGCAGUGGUGGACAAACUCUGUAACGGAGACACUUCUUAAUCAAACAUAUCGUUUUCUCAUUAACCAUCGGCCAACAUGUGGAUAUUGAUCCGCUUUGAAAUAAACAAUAUUUUUUUAGUUUUAACAUCUAUUCAUUCCCAACAGAAGCUGUAACAGCUGAAACCUUUUGUUGCUCCACGUUGAGCCUCUGCUAACAAACAGAAACUGAAGCAAGUAGUCGGUCGAUUAGUGAAUCAGUUGGAAAUGCAAAGAUUAUAGUAGGAAAAAGUACUUUUAAUCAAGUAAAAGAUGUAAUUUGGCGACAAUAAAAUACUCAUCAGUGUCAUUUACUGUCUCCAAGGAUAUGUUUAUGCCUGAUAAUCUUCAUACAUGCGUAAAUACAUGUACGUAAACCUACACACACUGAAUAUAGAGGGUAAAACAACUUGAUCAAGGACUCCUGGUGGUUUUGUUUCCAGCACACGAAACACGUCAGUAGAUCACUUCAUGUGACAUCUCUCACAUUUAUUAUUCAUGUCUGUUUUUUAUAGAAAAAGGUUAUUGUUUUUGAAUAGGGAUUAUUUAAAAGUUGUAAAUAUCAAUGUUCCCUCUGUAGAUAUUUUGUUCGUUUUUGUCACCUUUUUAUAUAUUUUUUUUUCUUUCUUUGUCUUUUGAUUUUUUUGACAACAAAAAGCAAAAGAAAAAAAACAAUUAAAGAAAGAAAGUUUGAUGAUGAGCCUUGCUGGGGGAAAACGGACUGAUGUUGAAUUAUAUCAUUUUUUAUUCUUGUGUUCAGUUCAGUGAAGCAACCUUCACUCACUUUGUGCUCAUAGUAUGAACUCAGGAAUGUCUGUCCUGAUAAUACCACAUAUUUAUGGAAAUAUAUACACAGAUUUCUUUUAUUGUACAGAAUAGACUUUACCCAGUUCAGUUCAUAAACUGUAUUUACAGUAUAUAUGAUCAGUUUUGUUUUUAAGAAAAUACCGAAACCAUCCCAGAAAAAAGAUCAUUAGUGCCAAAACAAGAUACAAUCUUUUUCUUUUUCACUUGUUAAAUGUCUUUAACAUACAAUAUUUAAGAUUUCCUUUGUUUCAUACAAACAAACUUCUUGUCAUCAAAUCUAAAAACUUAAAAAGAGUCACUCCAACAAUUUUACACACAUCAGUUUACUCUGCAUCAUGGGAAAUGUAGGCUCUUCUGUGGAGAGAGCUUUCCAAAGUCUGAAGAAAAGCUGAUGAUGAUGAUGGUUUAACUAAAGAUGCUGUUGAGUUGCAUUAUGGGGAAUGUAGGAUGCAGCGUUUUGUGGGAUCUACGGCACAUAUUUCUUCUUUUUUUAUGGGUCUCUUUAAGUUCCUCCUCAAAUUAAAUGGUUGGAGUGCCCCUUUUUAAGCAAAACUAUAAAACACAACAUUUGACAAUCAAAGAAUUAAAAACUUGAGAUUUACCAUUCACAUAAUUUCCAUUUAGCAAACCUACCUGAAUUGUUUGUAUUUGCUAAUACAAUGUGAAAAAACUGAUUCUGUAAGAGAAGAAUAGUUAAAUUUUCUUUUAAAUUCAUUUAUUUGUUUUUCAGGCAGCUAAGAAACAGUCCGACACACAACUCCUCCAUAAAUUGUGGUUUUUACUCGGACUAAACAAUGCUGUUAGGUGGGUGUCUUUUUGCUAAACUAGGCUAACCGCCAUACAGUUUGGUUUUGAUCUGAACAUGUAACUCAGCAGGAAAGCGAAAAAGUGUAUUCCCCAAAAUGUUGAACUAUUACUUUAACUACUACUAACUUUAUCAGUCUUUAUGUUUUGGCUCUGGUUUCCAUUUUGUUUGUUUGUUUCGUCUGUUGUCUCCCGCCGGCUGCACUGCACGCUCUUCCUCCAUGUCUGGAAAAAAAAAAAUAUGCUUUUGUUUUUUGUCUCUUUUUCUACUGAUUGAUUGAAUUUGUUAGUUUUAUUGUAAAGAAAUGCAAAGAUGAAAAAAAAAAAAAAGUGUAUACGUAUGGUGGGAAACAGCUGAGUCAUGUUCUGAUGAAACAUCGCAGUUUUUUUCCUGUUUAAGGAAACACAGAUUAUAUGCAAAUGUUUUGGGCAAUAAUGGCAAUAUUUCUCAUCUGGUGGGUGGUUCUGACUGACGGGAGAAGAGUUUUACUUCCUGCCUGAAACAAUUGAGGAAAUGCAUUUUUGUGAGUUUUGACUCACUGUUAGCAACUAAUGGUUAUUUUUAUUAUUCAUUAAUUUGUCUGGUAUUCUUUCAAUACAUUGUUUACUUAUUUGGGUCAUAAAAUGUCAUAACAUAUUUUUUUUUUAAAUUGCAAUUCAAAUGUCCCAACGCUCAAAUUGACGUGUAGGUUUUGUGAAGACGAAGCAGAAAAAAAAAAAGCAAACAGUGACCGAAUUAAUCAAAAUAGAUGCAGAUUAAUUCUUCUGUUGAUAAACUAAUCCAAUAAGCGACUAAUCAUUGAUGCAUGAGAUAAAAUCAAAGUAUUCCAAGUUAGCAGAGAGUCCUUGGAUCAUAACUGAUUUGUAAACUGGAGUUUUAAUAAUUUUCUUUGCGCUUAAAGCAGAAAAACAAGGAAGACAUUUCACACAAAAUCAAUAAAAAAAUCUAAAUGUGAUGUUUUGAUUGAGGCAAAUCUUUGUUUCAGAUCCAGUUAAAAAUCAGUCAACAUGUCAGAUAUUCACUUGUCUCAUGUUUGUUUUUUACUCUCCCACAGCAUGACUAAAGGUAACGAUGUAAAUAUAGUAAAUACAGUACACCUUUUGUUUUUUUAUUUAAAUAUGUAAAUACAUCUUUCUAAUUCCAUCCUCCCUGAUGAAAUGACACAUCUGAAUUUCUGCCUUUUAUGUUUGUAGGAAAUAAAACGUUGAAUUUGAUAAAGAUAUAAUAAACUAAUGCUCCGUG